CAACUAGCCACAUACGUUAGUCCAAAUAAAUAAUCGAUAGUGUAAAACGUGUACCGAAAUGACGACAACCCAUGUAGGGCCUCUACUGUCACAUAUCGAGCGAACACAAUGUAACAACAUGGCGGGCACCUGUUGUGAAUAGCUGUCAACGCUAUGCAGUGGGGAAUCGCAGGUGGUGUCCGUCUCAGUCUACACAAGAUAAAGUUUGGACAUUCUCAAAACAGUGAAAACAUAAUUUAAUGGAGCACCAGUCGUGGCUAAAAUGUCAAGUGAUAAAAACUCUUCCUCAAGGAAAUCUCGAGAGGGUGCUUCAAAAUCCACACAUCCUCCUGAGACAAAAGAUAAAUAUCCGUCUUCAGAGUUGACUUUGCGUUCACAAUUGAGUGUAGUUUUACGGAAACAAGAAAACCUGUCUUCCAAUCGCAUUCACCAGGUGUUCAGCCCCCAGAGACAAAUGGCAGUUACUGAAAGAAGACAGGGAGGGCACGACCUGUCCACAAAUCCAUCACCAGGUUUGUGUGAUUCCAAUGUACAAAAUGGUAUCACUAAGAAAACACACACUCCAAAAGAUAUCUUCCAUGUUCAGACACACGAGACUCAUAAACCUCGGAGACAAAUGUCAGGUUCACAGAAACAGGAUCUUUCUCCUGAUCAAUCCAUACAGGUGGAGAGAGAGAGAUCAGUAAUGUGGGAUAGGCUGAAACGGGAGGAUCCCUCUCCAAGUCGAACUCAGGUUCAGAGAGAGAGGUUGUUGAUGGAGAGUCGCCUCAAAGGUCAGUCUACUCCUGGUCAGGAGCAAGGGGAAGUGAUUCAACAGGUCAGGAAAUCAUACCAGUUUGAUAAACCUGCUCCCUCGGAAGUAUGGACUAAACCGUUUCAAAUUUGUGUUAAGAGGAGAACAGCUCACAAUGAUGUGAGCAGAACUGGUUAUGAUUUUCAGUCUGUGAGGGACAAGUUCGAGCAGUGGUCACAGUGUUAUCCAGUUCAGCCUGUCGAUUACAGCAUCACUGCAGGGCUGAGAGGUAGGUCACCAAAGAAAUCUCCACACAUUGGUGGAAACAAACGAUCUCAUAGUGCUUCAUCACCACAAAUAUCAUCCCGAGCUACACACUCAGAUAGACUGUCAGUUGUGGCAAGCCAAAAAAGAAACUCAUUUUCGGGUGAAUCGCUUUCUGAAAAAUACUCAAACUGUUCCCCAGUUUCAUCGCAGCAGUCAUCAGACACUGUCAAUUCUAGGACAGUGAUCAAAAGUGUUUCUUCAUCCGGUAGUUCUGGUUCAUCCUCACCAAGCCACAAAACAAGAAGCUACUCAUCUUCAAGGUUCCUCUUGCCCGAAAGCUCUACACAUGUGAAAACUGAUGUGGCAAGUGCUUCCAAGCAUUCAGUGGCUGGGGGACAUGGGCACAGGGAAUCGAAAUCUCAUCACAAAAUGCUCAAGAGCCCAGCAAGGGCUUCCAAAAUGUCAGUAAAUACACCUAACCAGUAUUGUGAAGAUGAAAACAAGAUGGUUUAUCACAAGGAAGUUGCUGUGGAUGAUGCACAGCAGACGUCAAGUUUGCAUCAUCAAGACGAAAUGCACAGUUUAGAUAAUUGGUUACAGUCUGUUCUUCAAGCAAAGGAGACAGAUAGGAAACACUUUGAACAGGCUCAAAAACAUUGUGGUGGAAUAAGACCACUCAGCAAACACACUCUUGCAUCAGAGCAACACCAGUAUAGCUAUUUGAAUCAGACAGUUCGAGACAGAGAUGUCAGGAAGAUGCCUGCUGGUCAGGGACGACAUACAAUUGAUAGUGCUCAAAAACACAGUAUUUCAUAUGAACAUGAUACUCGUAGGGAACUGUCCAGAGCCCACAUUGAUGGGCUCAAUGGGAAUGUGCCAACCAAUAACGAAUCAGUGCUCAGACCAACGAACCCACCUUAUAUAUGCAAUUUCUUGCCAAUAAACUCACAGGAACCCCCUGUGACUAUUUGUGUUACGGAAGAACCGGAUGAUGAUGUUCAGUAUCAUUCAUUAUCCAGAGCUUCAGUGGAUGAAGAGCCAUCUCCUCAGCAUCUUCCCCUCAGUCCUCGGAGUAGCUUCGGUAGUGUGUGCAGCUUCAAAUCCAGUAAUGCAGACUCAGCAGUAGACAUGAAUAACCCAGAUGAGGAGCCCAGCGAAGACUCAGUGAUAGACAAUAAGUUAUUGCAGAUCCAAAAUCAGUCGCAUCACAACCGGCAGUCCAUGUCGGACUCUUUGUCUUAUGUUCCUCAUCUUAAACUAAAUCUUCCAACUGUUGUUGUCAGUGAUCACAGUCGGCCAAAACAAACCAAGUCUCUGCUAGACCUCCAGACAGGAAUCCUGGAACAUGAAUAUGAUUCCAACGAAUUGGAUAGGAUACCUCAUCCAUGGAGCCCUGAAGAUUCGGCAUACUCAGGAAACUCAGAUCUGUCCAUGGAUGACUCUGAGGAAGAACACCCACUUCCACCACCAAAGAAGAAGCAAAGUUCAUGGAAAAUAAUCCGCAGUAUCGUGAGAUGGUCACCCUUUGUCCAAGUGUUCAAGAAAAACAAGUACCCCUGGAUCCAGCUAGCUGGCCACCAAGGAAACUUCCAGGCAGGUGAUGCUGGAGCUGUGUUAAAAAAGUUGGACAGUCGUGAAAGACAGUGCUACCUCAAGCUGAUGUCGGACUCACUCAAACCCUUUGUGCCCGAGUACCGGGGAGACACCGAGAAAGCUGGCGACAAAUAUAUACAGCUGCAGGACCUGCUGUGUGAGUUCAACACACCGUGUGUGAUGGACAUCAAGAUGGGCUGUCGCACCUACCUGGAGGAGGAGCUCGAGAAGGCUCGCAGCAAACCCACGUUGAGAAAGGAUAUGUACAAGAAGAUGACAGAGGUGGAUCCCAACGCACCCACGCCUGAGGAACGAGAGAAGGAAGGAGUGACAAAGGCUAGGUAUCUACAGUGGAGGGACGAGAUGAGCUCUUCUGUCAGUCUCGGCUUCAGAAUUGAGGGCAUUAAGAGAAGUGAUGGCUCAUCGAGUAAGGACUUCAAGAAGACUAAAACAAGAGAACACGUCCUGGAAAAACUGAAGACCUUCGUUGGGGAAAACAUGACUAUUGUGGAGCAGUACAUUGAGAGGUUAAAGGCUGUACGCGAUGCUCAGUCGGAAUCAGAGUUCUUCAUGAGACAUGAGGUGAUCAGCAGUUCGUUGUUGUUUGUCCAUGAUGCUGACAAAGCUAAUGUAUGGAUGAUUGACUUUGGUAAAACAGAGCCGCUCCCAUCAGUUGUGAACGUAGAUCAUCGUACGGAGUGGCAAGAAGGGAACCAUGAGGACGGCUACCUUGCUGGCAUUGACAGACUCCUCUCCAUCUUCAGCGACCUUUUGAUCCAGACAUGACCUUGCAACCUUGGAAAUGGUCAUGUGACAAAAUGCAAAUGAAUUGCUGCCAACAUCAGAAGCAGUAUUUGUGUACUCAUCAGUGUUCAUUGGGUGCCAAGGCUGUCUUGGGAAAAAUCCAGGGGGUUGUGUGAACUGGGUCUAAGUCAGUUUGUGAUUCUGUAAGGAAGAGAGAUUUUCUUCAUAUUUACCUGAACAAAAUGGACAUUUUGUGGAAGAUGAUCUGAUUUUACGGACAAAGAUUACCUGGAAUCUCUCCUCAAGCUCUCUGCUGAAUAUGUAACAUAAAAAUGGUUUGAAAUGAAACAGCAUUUUGAAUCUCCUGGACUCUCUCAACACAUUGUGGCAUUGACUUGACUGGUCUUCUUUUUGGAAUGGAGAAGAAAAGGAGAUAAUUCAAGCUUCACCCGUUGUUACAGCACAUUUCUUCUGAAAAAGUGAGCCCCUGUCAUGGAAGGUCCAUCUUGAUUUAGGGACUGGUCAUUUUAGGGGGUGGGUGCUGUCAGAGGUUCUUUAUGCACUAAUUUACUGAAAAUACUGACCCUCCCCUAAUGCUUGGACAUGUUUUUUAUGAUCCUCCCCCAAAAGACAAUUCAAAAGCACUUUUUGUUUUAUUAUAAACUGUCCAUUUUCAUGACCCUCCCCAAAUAUGUGUAUUAUUUUUUUAUGACACUCUAGUGACACCCCCCUCAGUGAUCAAUACCUUAAUGAAUGAUGUAAUCUGCGGACCACCUGCCUUAGAAAUCAAAAGGACAUAAAUCAGCAGAUAUUAUGAGGAGAAUGUGCGAACAUCAAUCAUGCAAUCACUCCAACACAAGAUCUCAUAUGCAUCUUCUUGUUGUGAAAUGCAAAUCACUCUAAUGAUGCUGUUUACACUGCUACAAAGGGAAGUUUGACACCAGACAUACUUGGUCAGAAUCUCACAUUUCCUGGAUAAUGUGUUCAAGGGAGAUAACUCUUUCAAGGAGUACUUUACUCACAUUUUUAACUCCACAGCUGGAAACUCAAAUUAAAUUUUACACAUCUCUCAAAUGUUUGUGUUUCCAAAAUAGUGCGGACUUUUGAUGACAAACCUUCUUAAGCAUUUGCAGCCUGCUUCUGUGUUCAGUGCAAAGCCGAGUUCUUCCUCCGUACAAAUCCUUGAACAUUGGUCCAGCUGACAUGUUUUCAUGAAAAAACUCUUUGACGAGCUCUGAGGCUUCUUUUGCCCAAGUUUCAGAGUCCUUGAUGUUGUACUGCCACCUUGUCAGCUGGUCAGCAAUGAAGUAUAUUUGCAUAGGGUUGUUUCCAAGUCAUGGGCAGUGUGACCGUCUGCUCCGCAUGCUCGUAUCGGAUGGACAGUGUCCAUGCGACUCCAUUAGUGCUUUCUCAUGUUCCAUCCCUCACUGGGACCAGUUUUACAACUCUAUGGUUACUACAUGUCAUCAUCUUUGUCAUCUUUAUUUUUUAAGAAUUUUUAUCUCUCACAUCAGCACCUUUUAAUGUGAAAGAGAUGGCAUUUCACCUCAUUGAGGAGACAAAUGGCCUUGGUUUAAAAGGGAAGUGGACUCAGGACAGUUGACAGCCCCAGUUUAACUCAAGCCAUUUAAACACCAGUUUGUUUGUCUUCACAGAGAAAUUUCAGAUAUACAUCAAUCUAUUAGUUUACGAUCAGCCAAAUUAGACAAAAUAAAGUGCACGGUACAUAUGAAGACCUCAAGAAAAUCCUUGAAAUGGGAACUUGACUGCCAUUGUCAAUACCUCACAGAUUGUAUACACUUUGUUCCUUUAUAACCCAUGAAGACAUACUGACGGUUAGCAUUGUACUCAUAUUUUUAUCUAAUAAAUUAAGCUAGAGGGAAACCAGCGAGUGCUCUGACCAAUGAACAUUCAGAUUGCAUUUCACAAGUGGCAAAAUGUCUCCUGCAGCAUGUGCCACAACCCUGUGGCCAUCUAAUCCACAUCCUGCAGCAUGUGCCACAACCCUGUGGCCAUCUAAUCCACAUCCUGCAGCAUGUGCCACAACCCUGUGGCCAUCUACUCCACAUCCUGCAGCAUGUGCCACAACCCUGUGGCCAUCUACUCCACAUCCUGCAGCAUGUGCCACAACCCUGUGGCCAUCUAAUCUAUGACGGUAGGGUUUGCACAAUGUACAUGUACGUUGGAGUUGGAAGUCCUUGGGUUACACACUGCCUCCAUUCAUCACUUGACUACAUACCCAGAAGAACCGAGGUAGAAUAGGUCUUCAGCAACCCAUGCUUGCCGGAAAAGGCGACUAUGCAUAUCGUAAGAGGCGAUGCACGGGAUCGGGUGGUCAGGCUCGCUGACUUGGUUGAUGCAUGUCAUUGUAUCCCAAUUGCAUAGAUAUAUGCUCAUGAUAUCAAGCACUUGAUUGUCUGGUCCAGACUUGAUUAUUUACAGACCGCCAUCAUUUAGCUGGAAUAUUGCUGAGAGCAGCAUUAAACAACACACAAACAAACAAAUUUGACUGCAAAUAGACCUGUCACUAUCAAACUGCAUAUACGUUCAUAAAGUUCCAGCUACAGCAUGGGUCCACAGGUAUUUCUGUAUUCCUAACUCCAGGUCCACAAUAUUAAGGUGUCGUUGUAUACAUGUAAUGGAGCUAAUCUCAGCAUACCCAUUCAGGCUCUCAUUGCUAUCAUAAACAUAUAUUAAAGAAUGUCGUGAAAAAGUGAUUCUACAGCAAUAUGGUUUUCAUUUUGAUAACUGUCACAUGUUUUAACUUAGACAUUCCUGUAUCUUGCUAACAAACUUAGGGUACAAUUCUCACUGUGUAGUUAUUUUCUACUUCUCCCAUUAUUUAGUAUUUUGAACAUUUAUAAUUCUUAAGACAUCGUUUUCUGAAUACUGUUUUAUCAUGAUAUAUAUAUAUAUUUUCUUAUGUAUUAUCUGUUACAAUGGCAUUUCAUGAGUUUCAAUAAUAUUAAGCUGAGAUUGAACAAUUGUUGUUUAUUUUGAAUUGGAAUAUUGGGAUCAAGUUGAAAAUUCUUUACAUUUUUGGUUAUCAAUUGACAGUUUUUAGUAAAAAUAUUUUAGAUUUCUUGAAUAUAAGUUUCAGUUUUCCCUUUUUAACAUCAUUUUGCCUUUUGAUGGGAGAUAAAUAUAGAUGUACUAUUUUGAGCCUAUUUCUAGUUUCGGAACUUCAAGUGUGCUGUAAUGUUUAUUGGCAUAAUAGAUUUGUAGUAACUUUUUAACUUUUUCCCCUUUGAAAGUAGUUUAAACAUGAUGCAAUUCUGAAGUUUAGAUUUAGAGGUACAAUUAUAUUGAUCAUUAUGGUGAUGAUGUUUUUUAAGAUUAUUGCAUUCAAAGCUAUCUACAUCCAUUCCUUUAAGACAAAUAUACUACUAAACAAAAGUUAAGGACAACCCCAUUCCUUCAUAUUGCUAUAGUUAAUCUCUAAUAUGAAAGAAAUAGGGGGCAGUCACUUUUUAUCAGUAGUAUAGGUAAAUAGGUCAAGUAUUAGUAGACUGUUUUGCAUAUUUGAAAGUUUCUGCAUAAUAGUGAUUGAAAAUAAGUUUUUCAAAAUGUUGAUAAUAAAGACAAAGAUCAGAGUUUCAUAUCAUCAGUGAGUAUAUGCGUGGUAUAUGAUUCUGAUUCUUGGCUACAAAAAGCAAUUUAGGUUGAUAUAAUUGCGAAAACCAAUAUUUUCUAGAAAUUAGAAUCAUGCACGGUUAUUUUACUUUUAUCAGUGAGGCUAAAUGGUUAUCUCUCAUUUUUCAACUUUGCCUAUAUAGACUGAACCUGUGCAAUCUAGAUCAAUAUACAUGUUAAAUAGAAUUUUAAUAUAUCCUAACAUUCUGCUCUUGUACAUAUGUUUUUAUACCAGCAUUUAGUGAAAUGUUUCUGUGAAAAAUGAUUUACUUAAUUGUAGCAAAUUGUUAAUCAGUGAAGGAUAUUCUAUUUCAUAUUUUGUAUCAUAUUAAUGUUUAACUCAGUGAAGUAAAAAAAUGUCAAUACAAACUUAUUUUAUGUCAUCAGUCUGUCGUCUUUCUGCUACUCCACUGUAGGGCUGUCGAUUCCCGACAUGGGUACAUUGUGUGAAGCCCAUUUCUGGUGUCCCCCGCAGUGAUAUUGCUGGAAUAUUGCUAAAAGCAGCGUAAAACCAAACUCACUCACUCACUCACUCACUGUAGGACUGGGCUGGGGGAAAUCUGGUCGGGUGGGUCCUGAGUAGGUCCUGAGUAGGACCUGUGUACCCACAAGACUACCCAGACCCGUGGUUAGUCAAAUUGUUUAAUGAUAAAGUGACACUAUGAAAUCAAGAUUAAACAUGUUUUGAUGCUACAGAGAAUAAUGUGUGUUAGUGACAAUGCAAAAGGUGCACGAGUUCAACAUUACCUUGAAAUCGACAAAAGCGUCCAUAAAAUCGUCACACCAUAUUCAGUAACGAACAGGAACAUUCGAUAGAAGUGUAUGCCAUGAACGUCAAGGUAAAUAAAAAGCAACAUAUUCAUU